AUGACUGCUUUGUUGUCUCCCUCUUAUAGGUGGUGAUCCGUUGUUAUCCAAUAAUCCUGUGGAUUCUACGGCUGGGGCCCACAUUUCUUUUUGUGGGUCCCAGUGGGCCCAGCAUGUCGGACAGCCCACGAGCUAAAGCCUAUCCAGCCGCCGGUUUGAACGGUCGCAUGUCCAGCCCACUGGGCCGUUAAGACAUGAACCCAAUCUCUCUCUCUCUCUCUCUACCGUAUCAUUUUCACAUUGAAGAGCUCUUUAAUAGCAGAGGGCUCAGGCUAGAUAGACAGUGAGAUACGUGUGCUGUUCAUGCAGAAACCAACGACUACGCCCCAACUGCAAGCGUCUAUCUCUCCUCUCUAUCUCUAUCUCUAACUCUUAUUCUCUCUCUAUCUCUAGCCCACUAUAUCUCUCUAGUCGUGGGCGGGCGGGUUUUGGGAGAGGGAGAAUUGAUGAGAGGGAGGAGGAGGGAUCAGGUAACUAGCCAUUAAGUGCGGUCGGAGGAUGGGGUUGGAGGGUGGUGGCGUGGGGAGGAGAAUGGGCCGGGGGUGGGGCCAGGUGACCCAAUUUGGCCGCCCUAUAAUGGGCGACCCCGUCCAGGACUCCCGGGAGACUAGGGCGCCGCUACCCGAAAAGUCAAAGGGGAUAGGGUCGACGCUAGAGACGGGUUGUGAUAAAGAGGAUUGAAACUCUGGGCCUUGCGGAGGAAUUCAUGCCGACCCCGUCAGUGGGUUGUAGAGCGAGAGAGAGAGAGAGAGAGAGAGGGGGGGACGACGGGGACUGGUCUUGAGAGUUACACGACUCCCCGUUUGUCGCCGCUCGUAAGAUGGUUCUGCCGAUUGUAGUUGGGUUUGAAACAUAGAGAGGGACAGACGUAGAGAGAGAAAGAGAGAGAGAGAGAGAGAGAGAGAGAGAGAGAGAAGCGCGUGCCCGGAGGCGAUAGGAGCUGGUCGUGCAAGUUACACGACACCGCAGUCGUCGUCACUCGUGAGAUGGUUAUGUAGGCGGUAGUUGGGUUUGAGACAGAGAGAGAGAGAGGGGGACAACAGCGCGUGAUCCGGGGCGAUGGGGGCUGGUCUUGCGGGUUACACGACUCUCUGGUUAUCGCCACUCGUAAGAUGGUUAUGUCGACGGUAGUUGGGUUGAGAGAGAGAGAGAGAGAGAGAGAGAGAGAGAGAGCGCCAAUUCAGGCCCAAGAGUAAAAGGGCCUGAAGCCCUCGUGUGUUCUAUCUAUUUUUGGUCCUCUACGUUGUUCCCAUCAGCCAUCCCCGGCCUAAAACGAAAUUCCCGAGCUUUUCCUUAAGAAUGGGAGUAAUUGGGCCGGUAUCGGGCUUUUCCCUUAAGCUCCGGCCCAGACUAGACCAUUUCCACCGCAAGAUAGAAAUUACCCAAAAUAGAACAAAAGCUGCUCGAGGGGAGCCAUUUAUCUAGGCAUAUCUAACUAUCGAAGAAAAAAAAAUGUAUAAAGUGGGCUAAUUUAGGCCAUAUUUGGGCACUUCUUUGGUCGGAUGCGACUCCUUGAGCGAAGCCCACUGGGCCUGUAAGCUGUGUGGGCCCAAGCUAUGUUAGGCCAAUACGCCACUCUUGGAGGAGUCCUCCCGCACCAUCCUUAGCUCCAAAGCAUGCCCACCUGCCUGUCAACCCCCGCCUUGACUGUACCUCUCUCUCUCUCUCUCUAAAAUGUUAGGUGGUGGAACUUGUAGCUUCUCCAUUCCCCAAUCUUUUAGCCGGCUUCCUCUUCCUCUGAAGCUGAGGCAGUUAACCAGCGGCCAUCUCCUGCAAAGGUGUAGUUCCAACUGCUAAACCCUCUCUCUCUUUCUCUCUCUAUCUCGCUGUCUGUCUCUGUGUUUCUUUGUGGACAGUGGCCGAGUCUUCUGCGGCCUUUAGUCUCUGGUUCAUCCGAUCCACCUGUACUACUGCAUCUCUUAUAAAAAUUGAAGGAGCAAUUGAUGCCGCUGAAAUAUUUAUGAUUCUGAAGAACAAAUCAUAGUUCUUUCAAUCAUAUGCCACAAUUCAUAUAAGUUUUAUGCCAAAUCAGUACAACUUGCUUUGCUUACCAGUGGAAUCCACAAAAUUUCACUAGGAAAAAAUGGAAAUAUGUUCAGAUCAGUGGCAACAAUUUUCCUUCUGUUCCUAAACACAAGCUGCCUUACCAGGGGUUAAUCUUCAGCUUAACCAGGGAGCCCCGUUGACUUUUGAAGCAUGUCUUCGAACAAAUCAAGGUCAAAUGGCCGUCAGAAAGCAUUGUCAACUGCUGAACAGCGAAUGAAGGUAAUGCAGCAACUUGGUCUCUUUUUCAUGGUCAUUAGGCUCUGCUUCUGGUCUAAAAUUCAUGGCAUUGAAAAAUCUUGCAAACACCUCGCAAAAAAAAUAUAUAUAUAAAAAAAAAUAACCAUGUUCAUAAAUCGUUGACUGGGUCUAAGCCUUAAGAAAUUCUCCAUCUAAUUCAGCUACUAAUCUUAGUUUUCCUCAGGCUAUAUCAGCAUCUAAUAGUGUUUUUCUUCAUCAUCCAGAUCGAUGAGGUUCGGAAGCUUGUGGGGCCCUUGUCCACCAAGCUGCCAAGCUCAUGCUCAGAUGCUUCCAUUUCAAGAUACCUCAUUGCAAGGAACGGGAGCACCAAAAAGGCUAGUAAAAUGCUGAGAGAAGCUCUCGAAUGGAGGCUGAAGUACAAGCCUGAGGCAAUUCGCUGGGUAUGAUCUUUCUCCAUGAUCUUUUCCUCUGAAUGCGAAUCAAUAAUUGAACAAAAAAGACAUUUGGAAAGAAAGAUGAUAUAGUUCUUCAUUAUAAUAUCAGAUAUGAAUCAAAUGGGCAGCAUAGAUCGAACAUUAUUGAAAGAUAAUUCAGAUUACCAACCUCGAAUCAACCAUAUAUUUGCCGUGUUGAUUACAUAUUUUCUGCAGUCUGAUGCCAAUCCCUUCGAAAGGUAAAAAUAUUUCAUCUGGUUUCCUACACAGAUGAGGACGCAAUGGCCUUACUAAACCAAAAUAUUUAUCUCCAGAUUCUUCGUUCUGAGGUCAUUGUUUCCUGUGUGACUGCCAGGAAGAGAUUGCUGAGGAGGCCAAGACUGGGAAGAUCUACAGGGCCAAGUACCUAGACAAGUUCGGAAGGCCCGUUCUCGUCAUGAAGCCUGGGUUGCAGGUAACAUCAAGUCACAAGUAUGGGAAAACAAUAAGCGCUUUCACAGCUUACACUUGUCUAAGAAUUGGUCGUUCUUCUCAGAACACAAACUCGACCAAGGGGCAGAUCAGGUACUGGAUCUACUGCAUGGAGAAUUGCAUCUUGAAUUUUCCAAAAGGUCAGGAGCAGAUGGUGUGGCUAAUCGACUUCCAAGGCUGGAAUAUGGGAAGUGUCUCGAUGAAUGUCACCAGAGAGACAGCUCACGUGUUGCAGGACUUCUACCCUGAGAUGUUGGGAUUAGCAAUCCUCUACAAUCCUCCGAAGAUAUUCGAGCAAUUUCGGAAGGUGACAUUGCUGAAAUACUUUACCUUUGUGAAGAUCCCUACUGGAAAUUAUAAUACAUUUGGUUAAAUCCUUGUGAUGAUUCAUGGGUGCAGCUUGUGAGGCCCUUCCUGGAGUCAGAGACGUAUCAGAAGGUGAAGUUCAUUUUCUCUGAUGACCCAGAGAGCCAGAAGAUGAUGGAGGAGUUGUUUGAUCUGGAUGAACUGGAAUCUGCGUUUGGAGGGCACAAUCCUAUUGAAUUUGACUAUAAUGAGUUCCAAGAGAGAAUGAAGAAGGAUGAGAUGAAAUUCUCUGAUCCCACGUCGUCGCCUGGAGAUUUGCACCCCACUGAAGAAAAAGAUGCUGUGAUGGUCACCCAGGCCGCAGAGCUGUCAGAGCCCAUUCUCCAGCCAGGUGAGGAAGCUCAGUCAGAUGCAUCCGAUGAAGCUCCUUCAUCCAUUGAGGGUUCUUCCCCAGAACAACCAGAAGCUACGCCCAAGCUUCCUGAAGACCAUUUGACAUGCCAGGUCGUCUGCAAAGGCAGUGUAGUCUCUGUCCCAGAAGAACAAGCUCUAGCCGUUCAGAUGAAAUGAAUCAACUGAGAGCCCUUGUUUGCAUACAAAACAGCUGGCGUUUUGAAGAGUUCUGAUCUGAGAAAAUGAACACAAUCUCCGUGGCGACAUAAAAGGGGAAUCCCAGUCUCAAUGAUCAUUUUGAUACAUAAGUGUUCAUUACUCUCUUUCUUCAAGAUGUGGCUUGUCUUGCUAUGCUUCCAAUUCCGCUGCCUGUAAAAGAGAAUAAGCUGUUUCGGUAGUCUUUCACCAUAGAAUUCAGAAUUUAACUCCAAACAGACCUUCUUUUACUUAACAUCAGUGCAGAACCAUCUUGUACUCCGAAGAAAAUGCAGAGAAUCGUUUUCUACUCCGAAGAUUGAUAGUUCACCAAGUUAUCAAAAAAAUUAUCAUAUCUUGUCAUCUGAAUAGGGCUAGAUCUUUUUUGAAUCCCAGUUGGUGGCCACGAUCCACCCCACACACAGCUCGCUGGAGUUAAGUGCUUUCUCGUGGCACUGUGAUCUCCACUAGGCAAUCCCGCUUAACAGCCCCUGCGGGAAAGGUUGGGCUAACACGCCAGAGGCAGGCUCUCAGAAUCCGCCAAGAAGGCACAGACAUCAAUGGCUUCUCUAAUGGGUUCUCAAUUGGACGCCAAUGAAGACAUUACUGUGGUAAAUAUAAAAAUACGACGUUAAAUACAACUGUUUUCAGAAUACAAGCAACUAAAUGUCGUCCAAUCGUUUAUACAUAGGAACGUACACUUUUAAACCCUAAGAUUCAGUAGUUCAAAAGGUCCAAAUAAUGAAAGUAAAACCUGAUUAAACUUAUAUUUCGCUCUAAUAUCAUAAAUAUGCAUAUCUAUGGUUCAGGCAGCAAUACCCACGUAACUUUGUGUAGAUAAUAAGCUGGCUUGCUGGUGGAUGACCGGAAAGACAGAAUCUCUCCAUCAUUUCUGCUAAACAUGAGAACAUGUUUUCACAUGCCAGGUUUACAGUCGUCCACUUCUUCCUGCAUUUCUUCAUAAAUGGAAACAAUCUUACCUAGAGAUUAGCUGAUUUUUAAUCCCCAUAAUGAGAUACAAAAAUGAUUAUCACACUUCAUGAGACUGGAAAGCCAAUUCCAUUCUGAGAAUCAACGGAAAAAUAAACUUCUUUGUGCAAAGGUUUAAAAUAUGAAUAUGAGUCAUGCUGUGCCAACUGAAUUGGGAAUGUAUUGACAGACACGGGAGCUACAUACUUUCAAUCGUUCAGAACUUUACAAAUAAAUCAACAACGGAAGAAAAGUUUUCUGUUGACUGGAAUGUCCGAGACAUGCCAUAUGCUUACAGCAAAAAAUUACCUUGUUCAAUACUUUUCACUUCCAUAACUGAUGGAAACUUCUGUCUCAAUACAAAUUUACAAAUGCUGCUAAAAGUAAGAAUCCAAUCUGAAGAAAAAGAUACCAUAUCUUUAUAAAUUUACAUGUUCAUUUAGAUCUGUUGGGUAGACAUGAUGUAUUAUGAAACGUGGAGUGAAUCAUAUCCUCCCUGUGCAUAGAUCGUGUUAAGAAACGUUAAUCAUUCGAAAAGAAAUUGCAACUCGCAAAGGGAAAAUUUGUCCCAUCUUUUUCAUUGGAUGGAGCUACCAGAUCUUUAGCUAGUUUACCUGAAUCAUCCAUGAGGCUCAUAGAUUGUCAGAAUCAUAUUGUUUCCAUUGUAUUCUUCAAGUAUGGUAUAUUAUAAGGAGAAGAAAAAGAAUUCUGAUAACAUUCGAACAUGUCAACUCACUGUGUGUAGAUCACAUCAAAUGAUUCCAUUUUCUUUCAGCACAUGAUGCCUAUAUUCAUCAGACAAAGAACUACUAUGGAUAGAGAGUGAUCAGUUACAACAUCACCAACUGGCUGGAUAUACCAACCACAAAUGGUUCCAUCAACAACCGGGUCAGAAAAUAGAAAAUGAUCCCUAGGGCGAUGGAGAUAGGAAGAGCAGGCAAAGCCUGACGGCAAACUGAAAGCAGAAUAAGUGUGCAUCCAAGCCCUGAUAUGAUCGCCAAAUAGCACGCAUACACAGUCAUCAGAUCGUACAUUGCAGCUCGUCCCACAAGCACACUGUAAAAAACGAAAUCCCCCAGACCCAGUUUGAUACCUCGAGUCGUCUCCAUCAGCUCACUGUGGCCCGAAGAGUCACCUCUUUCUGUGCUCCGCAUCUGUUGCCUUUCACGACUUCCUACCAACGGCGAUCUCUCCUCCUCGACUUGCUCAAUUUCCACAAUCGAACUCCUCACGGACGAGUUCUCAACAAUCUCUGCUUCCAGAUUGACAAUCUCGAUGGCCGAAGCGCGGGCGAGGUGGGAUGCAGGCUGAAGCUCGAGGGAACCAGUGACAGGCCUGGUGGAAACAUUAGGUCGCGCCUCGUAGACGAGAGCGGGGAGCUCCUCAUCCCUGCUUGAAGCCAGCUCCACCAGGAGCUUGAGCGGCCCUCCGGGAGCAAGGACGGCGAUCAGAUCAUACACAGCGAGCGCCAUCAGAAGCGCCCAUGUCGUCCAUUCGGGAAGCUUCGUGAACCAAGCUGCGACUAUGAUGCCUAGGGCAACCAUGUAGGCCUGCCUCAGAAGGAUCGGCACGCUAACAGAAAAUACCGAGAGCACUCCCACUAUCGAGAAAUUAAAGAUGAAAAUCGCGCAGGUGAAGGCGUCGAGAGGCAAGGAGAAGCGCUGGACAAGGGAGAGUAGAAUCGAUCCCCCCAUGGAGCCGAGAACAAAGAAGGCAGAGAAGCGCAUGUAGUUCUUGAGGAAGUUUGUGCAGUUGUAGUAGUAGAGAAGGAGGAGAAGGAAAGUUACGGCAGCGAUGAGCAGCACGAAGACGACAGCAUUCAGGAGGGCCCCCUCGAGCUUCUGAGACGGGGAAUCGGCGGGCGACUCCUGGUACACCAACGUUGCAGCGGUCGUUACGGCGGGGGCAGCUGCAGCGAGAUCGCUAGGCGUGGAGAGAGAAUAGACGAGGAGAACCACGAGUAGCAUGCAGAUGGACACCGGCGACAUCACGCCGAUGAUGUCGGUGCCGAGGGAGUCGAGGAUGCUGGACUCCAUGGCCGCCCCGAUCUGGAGGUCUUAGCGGCGGCGCCACCAGAGACAGAGACAGAGAGAGAGAGGCCAGUGGGCCGGCCGAGGGGGAAAUAAAUAGGAGGAGGGGGGGCCAUUAGAUCUGUAAAAGGUCCAUGGAUCUAACGGUUGUAUUUAGUGGAUUUUGUCAUAUCUGACCUGGGCGGUUGUUUUUCCCGAUCAGUUCGAGGAGUGAGCGGGAAGCGAUUGAAGAGAAAAUCUCAGCGCCGUGGGAGGGAGAGAGAUGGUAGGACUCUUGAAAUCCACCUGCGGAAUCUCUUUCUCUCGGAUUCCAUGUUCAUUUCGAUCCGAUCGCGUUGCGCGGCUCUGCUGGUAGGAUUUUCUCCAGUUCAGUCCCGAGCUCGUUCGGUCGUGCCGUCGAUUUCUUCCCUCUUCUUAGACCGCGGAUCUGCCCCCGAUCCUCUUCGUCCAUUUCGAUGCCUGUUUCAUUCCCUUGCUAGCGUGAUCUUAAACAUCGAGGCUGGAUAGGCAGGCUGAUCUUGCUGUCGCGUGGCCGAACUUCCUCUGACUUUGCUACCUCUUCGUCAUGAUCCCCGGAGCUCGGUUCUCUUUCGAGUUCGAUGGGGACAUCGGAGCUUGGCUUUUACAGCAAUCGGUUUUUCUAGAGUAAAUCGAACUUUGUAAGCUCUCUGCCAGAUAAAUUGUACCAUUUAAAUCAGUAAGGAAUAAUCACUCUGUCUGGCAUUCAUAUCAUUAGAUAAUUAAUCAUUGUACAGUUAAUCAUCGAAUAACCGUCUUGAGGCAAAGAAGAGGGCAUAACAUAUUUUACAGACCAUGUGGACAUUGCGGUGUAGAUUUGGUUUUUUUAAUUUUUUUUUUUAUCACAUUUAAUGCGAUUUAUUUUAUGCCUAUUGGAUGACAACCCCUAAUUUCCUAAGCUCACGGUUUGGCUGAAGAUGAACACUGGUAAGAAACAAAAAAACGAAAAAUCUAUUCAACUUAGGGCUUGCAACCCUCUUAAGUACAUAGAUAUUGUUCGGUUAGUUACAAGGCAUAAGUGGCUAGACUCCAUAAUGAUAGGGAUAGUACGAAAAUAAAAAAGAUAUAAUGGGUACAUAUAUAAAGGAUAAGUAGAUACUUUAUCUUCCGACACUCUUCCUCAAGUUGGUGAAUGAAUAUCUUCUAUUCUCAACUUACUCAUCAAUCUCUUCAACAUGGAAUUGUGAAGUCUCUUGGUAAACAAGUCAGCACUUUGGUCCUUUGAUUUGACAUGAGGUGUGUAAAGGAUUCUAAUCUUGAUGUUUUCCUUUGAUGAAAUAUCGAUUUACCUUAACAUACUUCAUGCGAUCAUCAUGACCUAGAUUGUGCAUAAUGUCUAUCAUUAAUUUAUUAUCGCAUAAGACUUUGAAUGACAUUUCAUAUGAUGUCUUAAGAUCAUCUAGAAUCUAUUUGAUCCAUAUUGCUUCACAUACUCUUCAUGCUAUGAGUCAUAAUCAUAUUUCCUCUUAGAAACAAGUAGUACCUUGAUGUUGAUCUUCUAUUCACAAUUGACACUACAUAAUCUAUAUCGUUAAACACUUCUAAAUUUUGAUUAUGUUAGAAUAAAUUCUAUAUCCUAGUGUUUCUUUCAAGUAUAAGAGAGCAUAUCCCAUUGUCCUGUCAUAUAUUUCUCUUAGAUCAUGCAUAAAUUGGCUUAGUAAUUCCACGAUAUAUGAGAUAUAGGGCCUAGUAUGAAAAAAUAUUAGUUUCUCAACUAAUAUUUGAUAUCUUCCUUGAUCUAUUUGCGGACUAUUUUCUCCAUAGUCUAAUUUUUCAUUAGGAUUGAUGGGAAUGGUUGCUGAUUUACAUCUAUUAGUGUUGGUUUCUUUGAGUAAAUUUAAUUGUAUUUCAAUUGGGAUAGAGAUAUUCUAUGCUUAGAAUGGACUAUUUCCAUUCCUAAGAAAUAUUUUACAUUCUCUAGUUGUUUUAUCUCAAAAUGUGUUGAUAACUUAUUAUUUAAUAAUUCAUUUCUAAAACCUAAUCUUUGAUAAGAAUUUUGUCAUCAACACAAACUACUAAGAUAUAAAAUCUUAUUUUUGAAUGUUUAAAAGAUAAAGUAUGAUCACCAUUACUCUAUCAAGAAUGCAUCUCCUAUAUAGUCAUCUAGAGCUUGCCAAAUCAGGCCUAUAUAAGGACUUUAAUUAUAGUUUUGAUUCUUUUAAUUUCAAAAUCUAGGUUAAAUGUCUAUAAAUAUUUCUUCAUUUAGUGAUUCAUGUAGGAAAUCAUUCUUCAUGUCUACUUAGUCUCUUAAUGGUUGCUAUUAAAAUCAAAAUUCACAUACUGUUCAUCUUUGGUAAUGGUGCGAAUGUUUCAUCAUAAUCAAUCUCAAUUUUUUUAGUGAACCUUUUGACGACUAAUCUUGCCUUAUAUCUUUCUACUCAUCCAUCCAGAUUAUACCUAAUGGUGAACCUGCCUACAUCCCACAAUCUUCUUCUCUCUUUGAGGUCUAGUUAUCUCCCAUGUCUCAUUUUUUGUUAAAGCCUCAAUCUCUACAUCUAUAGUCUUAUUCUACUCUUUGUCAUUUGAGGCUUUCAGUAGUGUAGUUGGGAUAUGAAUAAAUCUUAGCCUUGUAAGGAAUAAUAAAUGAGUUGACGAUAAUCGAUGAAGAGAAAGGUAAUUUAUAGGGGAUACAUAUUGUUACUGUUAUGAUGACCUAGAGAAUUUUCUUGGUUCCCUGAUUGUUAUAGGGGAAAGGUUUGAUGUAUUUUCAGUAGGUAUAUCUCUUGUUAGAAUUGAGUUUGAAAUUUGAUCCUUUUUCUUUCAUCUAGUAUAUGUGAGUUUGUACUUAUCUUCUAGGUUUGGAAUAUGGGAUCUUAAUUCAUCUCUAAGGAAUAAGUAGCUCCCUUGAUUUAUAUUUGGUUCAUACUCUAUCUCACCCUCAAUUACUACUUCUCUGUUUGUCUUGUAAAAAAUUUCAUUCUCGUAACAUUUAUUGUAAUAUGAAAUUUCUGCUUUUGAGGGUCAUAACAUUUAUAACCUUUUAGUGUGAUAAAAUAUUCCACAAAGAUGUACUUAAGUGUUCUUGGGUCUAAUUUUUUGGUGUGGUAUAAGUGUACAUCUGCCACUUACCAAAAUAUUUUGGGUGAUAGGUUUAUUUUCAAUUUUAAAAUAAGAAUAUACAAUUACACAAUCACUUAUUAAUUAGUUGGGUGAUAGUAAGUAAAGCCUCCCCCCACACAUAUUUUGGGCCAUUUCUUUGGAUCAAGAAGAAUUUAGUCACAUCUAGUAAAUGUAGGUUCUUCCUUCAGUUUCAUUUUUUUUAGAGAUGUUCACACGAUGUUUAAUGAGUUAUUUACUUUGAAAAAUUGGACUAAAUGUUAUUGAUGUAGUCAUUUGUAUUAUCAGACUUAAAACAUCUAUUAUUGAUACAAAAUUUAUGAUUAAUUAAGUACAUCCAUGUUAUCUUAGUGCAAUCAUUUAUAAAUGUGAUGAACCAAUGAUAGUUGGGAGUAGCUCUCACUUAUGUUAGAUCCCACACGUCGCUAUGAAUUAAAUCGAAGGGUUUGAGACAUUUUAAAUUUGAUGGACGAUAAAAUUAAUCAUGUACUCUUGACUAAUUGACAAGCCUUGCAUAUACAAGAGCCAUAAUUGAGUUCAUUACAUAAGUUUGGAAACAAAGUUUUGAGAGUCAUAAUUGAUGGAUGCCCUUGACAUCUAUGAAUCAUACUAAUUUUCUAUUUCAAUGUUUGCCUCCACUACUUGUGCUACCUCUUAAUACUCCCCCUUUGUUCCUCCAAGUCAAUAUAUAUAAUAAAAUCUUUCACAUUCUUCAGUAAGUCUAAUCCUCCAUUUUGUGUCUUUGUUAUAUAAAACACAUACAUCAAGGGUUAUUAACAUUUCACAAUUUAAAGAACAUCUAAGUUAACUAAGUGAAUUAAGGUGGAUGUGUGUAGGGGAAUAUAUAUGACUUGAUGGAUUCUACUAAUUUUGGGAAUUUGGAUGGAUCCUAUACCUUCUACAACAAAAAAAUUACCAUUGGCUGUCAAAAUCUAUCUACCCUUAUGACACAAUUCAUGACAUAAAAAAUGUUCUAUGAGAUGUCAUGUGAUAUGUGGCUCAUCAAUCUAGGAUCUAUAUAUCACUUUUAAGAUACAUAUUUGAAGUACAUGAAUAUUGAUAACUUAAUGACAAAGUAGUGAAGGCAAUGAGAGAGUUACUAGAGGAGGUUACUUAGGAUGUGAAUGAGCUUGACGUUAUUUAUUUAUUUAUAAUCUUUUGACUGAACUUGUAGCUUAUGAUUUUGUUGCCUCUCUUGGGGAUGAUGGUGUGCUUCUUUGAGAUAGAUUUCUCUUUUGUCUUGAAAGUUGUAGGAAUUUUCAAGAUGGUGACGCUCCCUUUAUUAAGUUAGUUUGUAGACGAGUAUGAGCGCAAACUAUUGCUCUUUAUCACUGUCUCUUAGCUUUGAGAGCAAAAGAAGAAAAAGAAUUGUGUUAUUCUAAUUUGGGCUUGAGGCCCUCUAAGUACACAAUUUGAUGCUUAUGUGUCUAUUACAUGGUACAAAUGACUCGACUUAAUAGUUGUAACUAAAAAACAUGAUCCAACAUACGAAAUAAAUAGAAAAUAUAUUAGAUAAAUUCCACAUUUUAAUACUCCCCUUCAAGCUAGUGAAUGGAUAUCUUCAAUUCCCAACUUGUUCAAAAGUUUUCUUAUUGUAGGAUCAUGAAGCCCCUCGGUGAAGAUAUCUCCACAUUGGUCUUUGGAUUUAACAUGUUUAGUAGAAAGAAUCUCAAAUACCUCCAUGUGUUUUGAUCAUGAUGUAUAAAGUUAUGAGCUAUAUCUAUAGUUAACUUUUUAUCACAUAAGAGCUUGAUGGGUGAGUCAUAUUGAAUUUUUAGAUCUUCCAAGAUCCCUUUAGUUUAUAAUCCUUCAUAUACUCUCUGAGUCAUGGCUUUAAGGUCUGAUUCUACACUAGACCUCGAAACCAUUGAUUGUCUCUUGAUGUGUCAAGUGAUCAAAUUCCCUCUUAGGAAUGAGCAGUAACUUGAAGUAGAUCAUGUCUACAAUAGAACUUGCAUAAUCAACAUUCAUAAAUCUUUUCACAUUAGUAUAUCCAUGUAACUGAAAAAAGAUUUAAUAUUCGGGUGUACCCUUUAGAUAGAGAAGUACUUGCCUUACCACAAUGUUGUGUACUUCUCUAGGCUUAUUCAUAAAUUGACUUAGCAGUCUUAUUGAAUUAUGGUUGAGUGUAAGAGAGAUAGAUUAAUUUUCUAAUUAAUCUUUGAUAACUUUCUCUGUUAAUUAGUAGGUUGUCAUCUCUUUGACUCAAUUUCUCAUCAUGAUCAAUGAGAGUAGCAACUAGCUUGCAGCCACUAGUACCAAUCUUUUUAAGUAAAUCUAAUAUAUAUUUCAAUUGAGUAAAAAACAUUCUACAUCUAGAAUAGGUAAUUUUCAUUAUGAGAAACUUCAAAUUUCCUAAUUAUUUUAUUUCAAGGUACAUAAAUAAUUGACCAUCUAAUGAUUUAAUUUCUAAUAAGUCAUCUUCAGUAAAAAUCAUGUCAUCAACGUAAGCUAAUAAAAUAAAAGUUCUCUUAUCACUAUGUUUAUAGAAGAGAGUAUGAUCGCAAUUACUUCGGUUCUAUUUCUCAUGCAUGGUGGCUAAGAGCUUGCCAAAAAAGUCAUGGAUGACUAUUUUAGUCCAUAUAAAUACUUCUUUAAUUUAUAAUCAUGUGUUGAUUUUAUUCGCUUCCAAAACUAGGGGAUAUGUCCAUAUAAAUCUCUACAUUUAAGGAGCCAUGUAAGAGGUCAUUUUUCACAACUAAUUGAUGGAGUUGUCAUCCCUUCACUAUUGUCACAAAGAUUAAAAUCAUCAUGAUAUUUAUCUUUAUCAUCAGGAAAAUAUAUAUAUUAAAAGGUACAUGAUGUGAUGAGAUUGAAAAAAUCUAGGCAUUUAUGAUUGAUUGUAAUAUGGUUUUCUUCAUCAUUUAAGUUUGAAGUAGAUGGAGAAUUUUAACGUCAUCAUGUUGUAGAUCUCGAAAGAUAACCAAUGAAAAUCAUAAAUGAGCACCUUUGUUGGUUGGAAAAGUGUUGUGAACCUUUUCCAUAUACAGUGUUCUCCCUCCCUCCACAUUCAAAUUUGAAUUAUGAAACCCAAAAUCAUCAAUAUAUAUUCCCAAUAUUCGAAGCCUUUUGCUAAUGUAGGGUAACACCAUCAACAAAGGUGUUCCAUCAACUAUGUAAUGUAAACCAACAUUUGAUGAGAUAGACUCUGAGCCAGGUAUUUAAUCAUAACUUGUCCAACUUCUUUAUGUGGUUAGUGAAUUGUCCAUUCUUUGUAUAAAAAGAUGGAGAUCGUUGUUCAUCACCUUAUCCAUUAUUUGUGUUCUUCUAGAGUGAUGGAGACCACACCCACUUCAAGAGCUCUAUCUUGAAGGAUAGUAAGGAUCAUGGUUUUUGUACUCUCUAGAUGACAAUUAAUAAGUGAGAAGCAUCAUAUAUAACCUCUCUACACUUGUAUUUUCAUAUGUUGCUUUCAUGCAUAUGAAAUUCAAUCAUUAUUCUAGAUAUCCAGAGUGGGCUUGGGGCCUUGCUGUUUGGUGCCUUUGCAAGGGUGACAGCUAAAUUAAGAAGGAUGUGCAAUUGUUGAGGCAAAUUCAAUUUGUUGACAUUUAACAAAUUUGAAAAAAGAAUCGUUCUAUCAAUCUACUGUUACAUAGAGAUCAAAGCAAAAUCAGAUCGAUUAUGUUUUGUCAUUAACAAUCUAAUGACUAGAAGUUUAUCAUUUCUAUAAAGAUUUAGGAAUUAGGAAAACAUAAUAACGAAACAUUGGAUGAUUUACUUAUAACUCUAAUUUGGCAUAUUAACAGUCUAACAAGAAAAAAGCAUUUGUCUUCGUCAUCAUUCCAAGUUGGGGAUUAUUUUAUGAGUUUUCAAAAUUUGUCAUAAUAUUUUUCUUCUACUUCGGAAGUAAAUUUGGAUAUUUCGAUUAUUACUUUAGUUUUUUGUCUCAGAGCUUGUGGGCUUUUAUUAUUUUAUUUAUUUUCUUUUCUUUUCGGGGGGGAGGGGAGGGUGGGAGCGUAUGUGUAUCUUCCCUUACAGUAUUUUACAUGAUUAUAAUUAUGAUUGUCCUAUGAUGCACCCUACAAUGAGGAGGAGAAAGCCAUGGUUGCAGCAGCAAUGACUGCGGUUGGGGAUGGAGUGAACCCAUCUUGGGAUUCUUUGAGUGACGAUGCUUAUUUCCCUAUUUGUUUCAAGUCGGUUUUCUAUUCGCUUUUCCCAUAUGAUUUUUUCCCCAGACACAUCAUUAAUGUUUCACGGAUGCAGGAACUGAAUAUUUCUAUUUUCUCCUGGCGGAUUUCGAGGAUAGAGAAAGAGAAUAAGAAUGUACCUUGUCCAAAGCGUGUCUUGUCCAGCUUUCAUUCCCUGCUCCUGGUGAAGCAUUCGACCUUGCGCUCCCUUCCUGUUACUCGGAGGUAAGGAUCUGGUGAGAAAUGCAGAACAGAACCUCGCUGAUGAUCCGCUUUCUGAGAAGAAGGAAUCCGGCGACUAUGUCUCGUGAUCAUCGUUGCUUCCAGACGAACCCAUCAAUCGAUCCACUUUCCUUGGGUGAACCCACCUACCUUCUCAUCACUCCUCCUUCGCUGUUCUGGGGAGAUAAUGGAUGAGAUUUUUGCUGUCAAAAUGCCUAAACCUCCUGCUUGAUGUGAUUGAACUGGGUGUGGAAUUUCCAAAUAUGUCAAGUCUCCGCCUGUCAGCUUCCCACCUUUUGCUCAAUUUGUUCACCAUAUAUAUAUAAAAAGGAGGAGGUUUAGGCAUUUUGAUCUGGGAAAUGCGAAGUGCAGGGAUGAGUUAUGCCUGUCGAUCCCCUAAGGGAUCUUCCUCCAGAGUAGUACACCCUCAUUCAAGUACCGGGGGUCAUUCAUCUUCGUCAACCCCAUCACCACCACCACCACCCUAUGGCCUGUUUAUCUCCGUCAAAUUCUCUGCCGCGGUAUAAACCACGAGGGUGGCCGGCGAGGGCUGGCUGGCGGAGCACCGACCCCAUUUAAGCUUGGGGCGGCUGUGUUAAGUUAUCGCAGGUGGAUGUAGGCAGGCCAACCGAGGCCGCUGGAGGGGCGCCCAUUAAGACCCUGCAAAAAGCUCAGUCCAGUGGCUUCCACCGCCAUAAUGGAGCCCGUACGACGAGCUACGUCGCGUCGUGAGUCCACGUGGUAACAAGCCAGUCCAGGCCUCCCUCGGUCGGUCUGAUCGCACCCGUGGGGUCUCUGGCCCAGGAGAAAUCCGAUGUCCUCCGUUAUACCUGUAAAGAGAGAGAUAGAGAUAGAGAGAGGGAGGGAGGUAGAGGACUUGAACUUCGCCGGCCACCAACGGCGUAAGACGGUAGGCAAACAACAGCACUGCAAUCGGAGGCGAUACGGGCCAUAAUGGCCGUCGCCACGGCGGAGGACACAACGGGAGCGUACGGCGGCGGAGGAGGAUGAACAAGAGGAGAGCGCGCCCCUAGAGCGUCCCCUGGCUCCAUUAGGUUGAGGACCGCCGCCGCCGCCGCCGCCGGAGGAGGAGGAGGGCGGUAA